UGACAUUUGACAAUUUAGAAUUUGAAGUUCUGACUUUGACGUAUGUACGACUGUUACAAUAAUAGUAGGAAUUCGUUUUUUAUUUUAUAACGCCGGAAUAUUUUCCGAGAUUAUUUAAAGUUGUGUAAAGACGUUAAAGAGUUAUGUGAAAUACUACACAUUAAUAAAACAAAAAUGUUCAGAACACUGAAUCGCAAGUUUAUCUUUGGUACUAUAGCAAGAGUGACUCCUACAUUUAUAGUACCUAUUUUUCACGAAAGAAAUCAAAAUGAUGAAAUUCUAUUAACCGAUUCUAAUAAUGAAGUACAACAAACAGGAUGGGAUAGAUUGCGAGCCAUGUAUAGCAGAAAUGAAUUUGAUGAAUACUCAAUAGAGCUGCACAAUGUAGUACAAGAAAGUUUGUGUGGAUUCUUCAUUGGCGCCUCUUUGGGCGGAUUUAUCAAGUCAAGAGAUGCAUAUUUAAACUUCAUACAAAAUAACCAAGCUACAAUUUUUCAUUCUACUUUUGAAGCAAAAAAAAAACUCCAGGACUAUGUAACUAUCUCUUUUGCCAAAGGGGCUUAUCACUGGGGUUGGAGAUUAGGUAUUUUUACAGGAAUAUUUAGUUUAUUUGUAACAUCGAUUUCAGUGUAUAGGAAUCGAAGCUCUUUAUCUGACUACAUUGUAGGGGGAUCUCUCACUGGGGCUAUAUAUAAAGCUAACUUAGGCCCAACAGCGAUGUUAGUCGGAGCUGGUGUUGGUGGAGUGUUAAGUGCCAUGGGAGGAGUUCUUAUUUUAGGCCUUCUGAAAAUAAGUGGUUUAUCUAUGGAUGACAUAAGGAAAUCACUUUACAAAAUUAAAGAGACAAGACAAAAAUUAAUGGAUGAAGCUAUAGAAAAAUCUGCAACAGAGAAAAAUGAUCACCUUACCCAGCAUCAUGAUAUUAUUGUUAAAGAAAAAGGUGUACAGAAAGUUGAAGAUCUACCAUAGACUAAAAAAAUGUAGACUUAGAUAUAGUUAAUAAAUUAUUUAAUUGUUA